CGGCUUUGCCUAUACAUGGGCUUCCGUCUCGCCUUAUUUGUCAAACUACGUCACGACAGGAGUCUAUAAAGGACCAGCCUCAAGAAGGAAUCCUGUCGGAUCUCAUGUUUAAAACUCACCGUGCGCAACAAGUGAAAACACCGACCGGAACAAGCACUGUCAUCCCCUCAUUUACACAAAAUAGUCGCCGUAUCCAUUCACCGGGACUCCUUGGGAUCCCGGACCAGACCUAAACUCGUGUUGGCUUCUUCCGAGGGUCCGAGCCCCGAUAAGACGCAAAAGCGGUUCCCCCACGCGGUCCCCGGGCAGCAGUGGAGUGCUGGUGUCUCGGACCACCAGCAGCGGUCAAACCACAGAGAGAUGGCCGCGACCAAAGCGGAGCUCCUCCUCUCGGCCCUGCAGAUCUCCGAGCCGCUGGCCGUCUUCCCGACCGUCCUGUCCCCGCUGGAAGGCUACCCGAAGCUGGAGGAUCUGCAACUGCUUCUGCAGAACACCGCCGAGGGCGGAGGUCUGCUGAGCGGUGAAAUCGGGGACUACGGAGACCUUCUGUCAGAACUGGCCGAUCUGCAGAACCUCCCCCCACUGACCCCUCGCGUCCCCUCUUUGGCAUACAGUGGCCGUUUCACCUUCGAGCCGUCAUCCACGACCGGCGGCGGGGGCAACAUGUGGCCAGAGCCUCUCCUCAGCAUCUUUAGCAGUUUGGUCAGCGUCACGGCUCCUUCGGCUCCCUCCUCCUCUCCGUCCGUGACGUCGACGCCUGGCCAGCCGAGGUUCAGCUGCGUCUCCACCGAUGUCGGCUCCAUCUUCUCAGUGGCGCCGACGGUUACCACCGCCGCUAUGGACCCUCAGCCGGCCCCCUUCCUGUCGCAGGGGCCGCCUCCAGCCUACCCCGCUCAGAGGCUUCCCGUGCUCCCAGACUACAUUCUGCCGCAAUCGCAGGACGCCCAGCUCUUAAAGCGGGAGCGGAAGGCCGCCAUGUCGCAAGGUGGGAAUCCCCCACAGCCGCCACUCACGCCACUCUCCACCAUCAAGGCCUUCUCCUCCUCACAACUCCCCGACCAGCCCCUUGCCACCUGCAGGCGGAGGAUGGUGGGCAAAGCGUCCCCUCAGGAGCGUCCCUAUAUGUGCCCGGCGAACGGUUGCGAGCGCCGCUUCUCCCGCUCGGAUGAGCUGACCCGCCACGUGCGCGUGCACACGGGCCAGAAACCCUUCCAGUGCCGUAUCUGCAUGCGCAGCUUCAGCCGCAGCGACCACCUGACCACUCACAUUCGCACCCACACAGGCGAGAAACCCUUCGCUUGUGCCGAGUGCGGACGUAAGUUCGCCCGGAGCGAUGAGCGCAAGCGCCACACCAAGAUCCACCAGAGGCACCGGGACCGGACGGCCGUCGCUGGGCCUCCCGCCAUCGCCGCGCCUCCCGCCAUCGCCGCACCUCCCUCCUCCUCCUCGGCUUGCUCCUCCUCCUACUCCUCACCUGUUUGCGGCUCCUCCUCGCCUCCACCUUCCAUCUUUGAGCCGAGCUCCUUCCCCAAGCACUACUCCUCCCCCAGCGGUUCCUCGCCCCUCCAAUCGGACCGACUGCCCAGCACGGCUUCGCUCCAUGACAUGUGCUCGUCGGGAAGUCGGCCCUCCCUCUGAUGGUUCCAUAUCUUCACUGAGCACAAACACCGAGAGGGAAACCUCAGAGCUGAAAGCAGCAGCCAACGGGCCCUUGUGCAUUCGUUUGCAGACUCCAAAUGACCAUCAAAGUCUUCCUCAGAAU